AUGGAGCCCUCGCCCAAGGACGGCGAGAGCGCGGCGGCCGCCGAGCCCGGGCGGGGCGGCGCGGCCCCGUCCAGCGGCGUGGUGGUGCAGGUCCGGGAGAAGAAGGGCCCCCUGCGCGCCGCCAUCCCCUACAUGCCCUUCCCCGUGGCCGUCAUCUGCCUCUUCCUCAACACCUUCGUGCCAGGGCUGGGCACGUUCGUGUCGGCCUUCACCGUGCUCUGCGGGGCCCGCACCGACCUCCCUGACCGGCACCGGUGCUGCGUCUUCUGGCUCAACAUCGCCGCCGCCCUCAUCCAGAUCCUCACGGCCAUCGUCAUGGUGGGCUGGAUCAUGAGCAUAUUCUGGGGCAUGGACAUGGUCAUCCUGGCAAGCUACAAGGAGCAGGGGAUCCCACAGCAGCUCUAGUGGCUGGGACAAGUGUGGUCAGAGAAACGCGGCGAGAGAUUUCCUCUGGCAGCCGUGGGCCACGGACCUUUUCAUUACCCUUUGUCUCUCUUCUUGUCCCUUUGUUUUGUCUCCCUGUGUCUGCCCGUGCCCGUCCAGCGGAGCGGAGAUGCAGAGCGGCCGGCGCAGACUUGCACUGACGCCCCCAGCAGCCGAGAUGAGGCGAGCACGGCUUGGCUCGGACUGGUCCCAGCCCACCAGGAGGACGAGGGUGCCAGGACAAGGACACGCCCUUGGCAAAGGUGGCACCUGGGCGGGCAGCUGAACCAAGGGAGGGAGAGAUCCUGCCUUCACUCUGCUCCCAGGGGGAUGUCGCCGAAGAUGUUUUGCCUUCUUUUUGUGCUUGCUGGUUGUGAACAUCAAAUGCCAAGGAGCUGUUCAUAGAUACACGUACAGGAUGUAAAAGCAAACCAGUGGUACUUCCUUCCUGCCCUGAGAGUGCACCUGCGACUGCUUUGCAGCAUUGGAGGGUCCAACCCAGCCCCCUCUGCUGCCUGUGUAUGUAAGAUGUUCACUGAAGCUCUGUCCCUGCAGAUGUCUUGAGAAACGUGCUUGCUGUAAAUCCUAUUGUAGCGCUGACGUGACCGGGGCCAUCCCCUGCUUCCACCCGCUGCCACCAUGCAAGGACCAGAGCUGCCACCAGCCCAGGGGACACUUUUCCCAGCACAGGACUGGUGUCCUGCAGCACCUCGCCUCUAGGGCAGCAAGUACUGCCCAAAGCCUCUGGUAUAAAACAAUACUGGGGGAGCCAAAGAACCUUUCCUGCCCCUGGAAGGGACUUGCUGGCAGUGUCUCCAUGCUUUGGAAAUGGAUCCCCUCAGAGCACGACGAGUGCUCCUGGCUGAAGCAGCAUCCCAGCUCUGCUUGCCCAGGCAAGUAUCCAGAACUCCAGGAUCUCCACGUGGUACUAGACAGGUGCUUGGGAGCGGCUGUGGUUGGAAGGCCCGUGGCCAAAGGGGGUGGGGUUGUGAUUUCAUGGUUUCAUUUCUCAGCUGGAGAAAACCAACCAAGCAGGUCAGUGGUGAAAAGCCAAGAGCCAUUUGGGACCUGCACUAAAGCCAGGGGAUGAGCUCCUCAAGAGCAGCACUGCCACAGCGAUGGCCAAAAGGAUUUCUGCUCACAACAUUCAACAAUUUCAAGUGUCUUUGUCCAUUUCUACCAAAGGGACUGGUUCAGGGAGU